AUGGUUGAUUGUGGUUACAAAAGAGGCUACACUAUUAAUGAGGAUAACUUAAUCCUUAAUUGGAUUAUCCGGUUCAAGGGAUAUUACCAUCUGAGGGGUACAAUACUCUGGAGGGACAUGGAAGCCGGUAGAAUAUUCUUGGAGGACAGGACGUGGCAGAGCCUUAAAAACAGGUUCAUUAAAACACUUGAAGAAAGAAAGAUAUAUACCAUUAAGGAACAUAUAAAAGACAAAGUGAAGGAAUUAGAAGACAAUAAAGCUGAAUUCGCAAGUACAUUGGCAGCGCGUGAAUCCCAGAUUCAGGAAGUAUCUACCACCCUAACAAAUAAAGCUCAAGAAAUUGAGAAUCUUAAGAAAGAGAUUGGUGCUCUUGUAGAAAAGUACGAGUUGAGUAAUAAAGAAGUAGUAGCUUCCCAUACACAAGAAAUUACAGCUCGAGAUGAGAAAAUACGACAUCUUGAAAGUGAAAUUUUACAAAAGGAUCAAAAUAUUAAGUUUCAUGUAGAUGCAAGUAACGAACAUCAAGAAAAUCUUAAUCGAAAAGAUUUAGAUUUGAUAAAAAUAAGAUCUGAGUUGGAAGAAAGUCAAAAAACAUCUUCAGUGAUGAUUGCAAGUUUAAAGAAUCAAAUCGAAGGCCUACAGAACGAUAACAAACAACAGCAAAGUAGAAACAAUGAACUACAAACGGAACUUCAAAAUAGAGAACAAUUAAAUGUGACUAUAAAUACAGAAAUAGGCAAAGCAGCUGAAAAUCUAGCAGUUUUAGUGGAGCAAGUAAAACAAAAAGAUGACUUAAUAGAAUCUCUACGGUCAGACGUAACAUCCAGAGAAAUAGAGUUAGAAAAUGUGCUAGCUACUAAUCUAAAUGCUUUGUCAGAGAAAAAUGAAGCCGAAAGGCGGAUUAGAGCAGAAAAAGAGCGAUUGUGUAUGACUAUAGGUCUUAAAAACGAAGAAUUGGAAGAAUUGCCAAAAAGAUUAACAGACAUGUAA